GGGAAAAUGACAGCAGAAAUAAUACAUAUCCAGGGGCAGACUGACCAUUUGGGAACUCGGGCACUACCCAAGGGCCCAGGGGUCAGAAGGGGGCCCCAUGAGAUGCCCCUGGUAACUUUUAUAGGCUUUUUUUGAGUGGGGGCAAGGACACAGGGGCCCCAUGAUCCCCUAUUGCCCGGGGCCCCAUGAGUUGUCAGUCCAACCCGGGUAUAUCACAUGUGAUUCGCACAGGGUCCACACCGCAUUCCUGUGCAAAUUGCGUGCGGUACCAUUGGAGCCAUACAUUUUGU